AUGCUUCCGCUUCCCAUCAUCCCGCCCCAUUCCCCCGCUUUCCAUCACCCCUCCCCAUUCUCCCUCCUUCCAUCACCCCACCCCAUUCUCUCGCUUUCCAUCACCCCGCCCCAUUCUCCCGCUUUCCAUCACCCCGCCCCAUUCUCCCGCUUUCCAUCACCCCGCCCCAUUCUCCCUCCUUCCAUCACCCCGCCCAUUCUUCCGCUUUCCAUUACCCCGCCCCAAUCCCCCUCCUUCCAUCACCCGGCCCCAUUCUCCCUCAUUCCAUCACCCCGCCCCAUUCUCCCGCUUUCCAUCACCACGCCCCAUUCUCCCGCUUCCCAUAACCCCACCCCAUUCUCCCGCUUUCCAUCACCCCGCCACAUUUUCCCACUUUCCAUCACCCCGCCCCCUUCUCUCUCCUUCCAUCACCCCGCCCCAUUCUCCCUCCUUCCAUCACCCCGCCCCAUUCUCCCGCUUUCCAUCAGCCCGCCCCAUUCUCCCGCUUUCCAUCACCCCGCCCCUUUCUCCCGCUUUUCAUCUCCCCGCCCCAUUCUCCCGCUUUCCAUCACCCCGCCCCAUUCUCCUGCUUUCCAUCACCCCGCCCCAUUCUUCCGCUUCCCAUCACCCUGCCCCAUUCCCCCACUUUCCAUCACCCCUCCCCAUUCUCCCUCCUUCCAUCACCCCGCCCCAUUCUCCCCCUUUCCAUCACCCGCCCCAUUCUCCAGCUUACCAUCACCCCGCCCCAUUCUCCCGCUUUCCAUCACCCCGCCCCAUUCUCCAGCUUUCCAUCACCCCGCCCCAUUCUCCCGCUUUCCAUCAACCCGCCCCAUUCUCCCGCUUUCCAUCACCCCGCCCCCCCGCCCCAUUCUCCCGCUUUUCUUCACCCCGCCCCAUUCUUCCGCUUUUCAUCACCCCGCCCCAUUCUCCCGCUUUCCAUCACCCCGCCCCAUUCUCCCGCUUUCCAUCACCCCGCCCCAUUCUCCCGCUUUCCAUCACCCCGCCCCGUUCUCCCGCUUUCCAUCACUCCGCCCCAUUCUCCCGCUUUCCAUCACCCCGCCCUAUUCUCAAGCUUUCCAUCACCCGGCCCCAUUCUCCCACUUUCCAUCACCCCGCCCCAUUCUCCCGCUUUCCAUCACCCCGCCCCAUUCUCCAGCUUUCCAUCACUCCGCCCCAUUCUCCCGCUUUCCAUCACCCCGCCCCAUUCUCCCGCUUUCCAUCACCCCGCCCCAUUCUCCCGCUUUCCAUCACCCCGCUCCUUUCUCCCUCUUUCCAUCACCCCGCCCCAUUCUCCCGCUUUCCAUCACCCAGCCCCAUUCUCCCGCUUUCCAUCACCCCACCCCAUUCUCCAACUUUCAUCACCCCGCCCCAUUCUCCCUCUUUUCAUCACCCCGCCCCAUUCUCCCUCUUUCCACCACCCCGCCCCAUUCUCCCCCUUUCCAUCACCCCGGCCCAUUCUCCCUAUUUCCAUCACCCCGCUCCAUUCUCCCACUUUCCAUCACCCCGCCCCAAUCCCUCGCUUUCCGUCACCCCGCCCCAUUCUCCCGCUUUCCAUCACCCCGCCCCAUUCUCCCUCUUUCCAUCACCCCGCCCCAGUCUCCCUCUUUUCAUCACCCCGCCCCAUUCUCCCUAUUUCCAUCACCCUGCCCCAUGCUCCCUCUUUCCAUCACCCCGCCCCAUCCUCCCUAUUUCCAUCACCCCGCCCCAUUCUUCCGCUUUCCAUCACCCAGCCCCAUUCUCCAGCUUACCAUCACCCUGCCCCAUUCUCCCGCUUUCCAUCACCCCGCCCCAUUCUCCAUCUUUCCAUCACCCCGCCCCAUUCUCCCGCUUUCCAUCAACCCGCCCAAAUCUCCCGCUUUCCAUCACCCCGCCCCAUUCUCCCGCUUUCCAUCACCCCACCCCAUUCUCCCGCUUUCCAUCACCCCGCCCCAUUCUCCCGCUUUCCAUCACCCCGCCCCAUUCUCCCGCUUUCCAUCACCCCGCCCCAUUCUUCCGCUUUCCAUCACCCCGCCCCAUUCACCCCGCCCCAUUCUCCCUCUUUCCAUCAACCCGCCCCAUUCUCCCGCUUUUCUUCACCCCGCCCCAUUCUCCCUCUUUCCAUCACCCCACCCCAUUCUUCCGUUGUUCAUCACCCUGCCCCAUUCUCCCUCUUUCCAUCACCCCGCCCCAUUCCCCCUCUUUCCAUCAGCUCGCCCCAUUCUCCCGCUUUUCUUCACCCCGCCCCAUUCUUCCGCUUUUCAUCACCCCGCCCCAUUCUCCCGCUUUCCAUCACCCCGCCCCAUUCUCCCUCUUUCCAUCACCCCGCCCCAGUCUCCCUCUUUUUAUCACCCCGCCCAAUUCUCCCUAUUUCCAUCACCCUGCCCCAUGCUCCCUCUUUCCAUCACCCCGCCCCAUCCUCCCUGUUUCCAUCACCCCGCCCCAUUCUUCCGCUUUCCAUCACCCCGCCCCAUUCUCCGGCUUACCAUCACCCCGCCCCAUUCUCCCGCUUUCCAUCACCCCGCCCCAUUCUCCAGCUUUCCAUCACCCCGCCCCAUUCUCCCGCUUUCCAUCAACCCGCCCAAUUCUCCCGCGUUCCAUCACCCCGCCCCAUUCUCCCGCUUUCUAUCAUCCCGCCCCAUUCUCCCGCUUUCCAUCACCUCGCCCUAUUCUCCCGCUUUCCACCACCCUGCCCCAUUCUCCCGCUUUCCAUCACCCUGCCCCAUUCUCCCGCUUUCCAUCACCCCGCCCCAUUCUCCCGCUUUCCAUCACCCCGCCCCAUUCUCCCGCUUUCCAUCACCCUCCCCAUUUUCAAGCUUUCCAUCACCCCGCCCCAUUCUCCUGCUUUCCAUCACCCCGCCCCAUUCUCCCGCUUUCCAUCACCUCGCCCCAUUCUCCCGCUUUUCAUCACCCCGCCCCAUUCUCCCGCUUUCCAUCACCCCGGCCCAUUCUCCCGUUUUCCAUCACCCCGCCCCAUUCUCCUGCUUUCCAUCACCCCGCCCUAUUCUCCCGCUUUCCAUCACCCCGCCCCAUUCUCCCGCUUUCCAUCACCCCGUCCCAUUCUCCCUCUUUUCAUCACCCCGCCCCAUUCUCCCUCUUUCCACCACCCCGCCCCAUUCUCCCGCCUUCCAUCACCCCGGCCCAUUCUCCCUAUUUCCAUCACCCCGCUCCAUUCUCCCACUUUCCAUCACCCCGCCCCAUUCUCCCGCUUUCCGUCACCCCGCCCCAGUCUCCCUCCUUCCAUCACCCCGCCCCAUUCUCCCUAUUUCCAUCACCCUGCCCCAUGCUCCCUCUUUCCAUCACCCCGCCCCAUUCUUCCGCUUUCCAUCACCCCGCCCCAUUCUCCAGCUUACCAUUCCCCCGCCCCAUUCUCCCGCUUUCCAUCACCCCGCCCCAUUCUCCCGCUUUCCAUCACCCCGCCCCAUUCUCCCGCUUUCCAUCAACCCGCCCAAUUCUCCCGCUUUCCAUCACCCCGCCCCAUUCUCCCGCUUUCCAUCUCCCCGCCCCAUUCUCCCGCUUUCCAUCACCCCGCCCCAUUCUCCCGCUUUCCAUCACCCCGCCCCAUUCUCCCGCUUUCCAUCACCCUGCCCCAUUCUCCGCUUUCCAUCACCCCGCCCCAUUCACCCCGCCCCAUUCUCCCCCUUGCCAUCAACCCGCCCCAUUCUCCCGCUUUUCUUCACCCCGCCCCAUUCUCCCUCUUUCCAUCACCCCACCCCAUUCUUCCGCUUUUCAUCACCCUGCCCCAUUCUCCCUCUUUCCUUCACCCCGCCCCAUUCCCCCUCUUUCCAUCACCCCGACCCAUUCUCCCGCUUUCCAUCACCCCGCCCCAUUCUCCCUCUUUCCAUCACCCCGCCCCAGUCUCCCUCUUUCCAUCACCCCGCCCCAUUCUCCCUAUUUCCAUCACCCUGCCCCAUGCUCCCUCUUUCCAUCACCCCGCCCCAUUCUUCCGCUUUCCAUCACCCCGCCCCAUUCUCCAGCUUACCACCACCCCGCCCCAUUCUCCCGCUUUCCAUCACCCCGCCCCAUUCUCCCGCUUUCCAUCACCCCGCCCUAUUCUCCCGCUUUCCAUCAACCCGCCCAAUUCUCCCGCUUUCCAUCACCCCGCCCCAUUCUCCCGCUUUCGAUCACCCCACCCCAUUCUCCCGCUUUCCAUCACCCCGCCCCAUUCUCCCGCUUUCCAUCACCUUGCCCCAUUCUCCCGCUUUCCAUCACCCUGCCCCAUUCUUCCGCUUUCCAUCACCCCGCCCCAUUCACCCCGCCCCAUUCUCCCUCUUUCCAUCAACCCGCCCCAUUCUCCCGCUUUUCUUCACCCCGCCCCAUUCUCCCUCUUUCCAUCACCCCACCCCAUUCUUCCGCUUUUCAUCACCCUGCCCCAUUCUCCCUCUUUCCUUCACCCCGCCCCAUUCCCCCUCUUUCCAUCAGCCCGCCCCAUUCUCCCGCUUUUCUUCACCCCGCCCCAUUCUUCCGCUUUUCAUCACCCCGCCCCAUUCUCCCGCUUUCCAUCACCCCGCCUUAUUCUCCCGCUUUCCAUCACCCCGCCCCAUUCUCCCUCUUUCCAUCACCCCGCCCCGUUCUCCCGCUUUCCAUCACUCCGCCCCAUUCUUCCGCUUUUCAUCACCCCGCCCCAUUCUCCCGCUUUCCAUCACCCCGCCCUAUUCUCAAGCUUUCCAUCACCCGGCCCCAUUCUCCCGCUUUCCAUCACCCCGCCCCAUUCUCCCGCUUUCCAUCACCCCGCCACAUUCUCAAGCUUUCCAUCACCCCGCCCCAUUCUCCCGCUUUCCAUCACCCCGCCCCAUUCUCCCGCUUUCCAUCACCCCGCCCCAUUCUCCCGCUUUCCAUCACCCCGCCCCAUUCUCCCUCUUUCCAUCACCCAGCCCCAUUCUCCCGCUUUCCAUCACCCCGCCCCAUUGUCCCGCUUUCCAUCACCCCACCCCAUUCUCCCGUUUUCCAUCACCCCGCCCCAUUCUCCCGCUUUCCAUCACCCCGCCCCUUUCUCCCUCUUUUCAUCACCCCGCCCCAUUCUCCCUCUUUCCAUCACCCCACCCCAUCCUUCCUCUUUCCAUCGCCCCGCCCCAUUCUUUCGCUUUUCAUCACCCCGUCCCAUUCUCCCUCUUUCCAUCACCCCGCCCCGUUCCCCCUUUUUCCAUCAGCCUGCCCCAUUCUCCCGCUCUCCAUCACCCCGCCCUGUUCUCCCUAUUUCUAUCACCCCACCCCAUUCUCCCGCUUUCCAUCACCCCGCUUUCCAUCACCCCGCCCCAUUCUCCCGCUUUCCAUCACCCCGCCCCAUUCUCCCUCUUCCCAUCACCCCGCCCCAUUCUCCCUCUUUCCAUCACCCCGCCCUAUUCUCCCUCUUCCCAUCACCCCGGCCCAUUCUCCCGCUUUCCAUUACCCCCCCCCAUUCUCCCGCUUUCCAUCACCCCGCCCCAUUCUUCCUCUUUCCAUCAUCCCGCCCCAUUCUCACGCUUUCCAUCAUCCCGCCCCAUUCUCCCGCUUUCCAUCACCCCGCCCCUUUCUUCCUCUUUCCAUCACCCCGCCCCAUUCUCCCGCUUUCCAUCUCCGCGCCCCAUUCUCCCGCUUUCCAUCACCCCGCCCCAUUCUCCUGCUUUCCAUCACCCCGCCCCAUUCUCCCGCUUUCCAUCACCCCGCGCCAUUUUCCCUCUUUCCAUCACCCCGCCCCAUUCUCCCGCUUUCCAUCACCCCGCCCCAUUCUCCCUCUUUCCAUCACCCCGCCCCAUUCUCCCUCUUUCCAUCACCCUGCCCCAUUCUCCCGCUUUCCAUCACCCCGCGCCAUUUUCCCUCUUUCCAUCACCCCGCCCCAUUCUCCCGCUUUCCAUCACCCCGCCCCAUUCUCCCGCUCUCCAUCACCCCGCCCUAUUCUCCCUAUUGUUAUCAUCCCACCCCAUUCUCCCGCUUUCCAUCACCCCGCUUUCCAUCACCCCGCCCCAUUCUCCCGCUUUCCAUCACCCCGCCCCAUUCUCCCUCUUCCCAUCACCCCGCCCCAUUCUCCCUCUUUCCAUCACCCCGCCCUAUUCUCCCUCUUCCCAUCACCCCGGCCCAUUCUCCCGCUUUCCAUUACCCCGCCCCAUUCUCCAGCUUUCCAUCACCCCGCCCCAUUCUCCCUCUUUCCAUCACCCCGCCCCAUUCUCACGCUUUCCAUCAUCCCGCCCCAUUCUCCCGCUUUCCAUCAACCCGCCCCUUUCUUCCUCUUUCCAUCACCCCGCCCCAUUCUCCCGCUUUCCAUCUCCGCGCCCCAUUCUCCCGCUUUCCAUCACCCCGCCCCAUUCUCCUGCUUUCCAUCACCCCGCCCUAUUCUUCCGCUUUCCAUCACCUUGCCCCAUUCUCCCUCUUUCCAUCUCCCCGCCCCAUUCUCCCUCUCUCCAUCACCCAGCCCCAUUCUCCCGCUUUCCAUCAUCCCGCCCCAUUCUCCCGCUUUCAAUCACCCCGCCCCAUUCUUCCGCUUUCCAUCACCCCGCCCCAUUCUCCCUCUUUCCAUCACCCCGCCCCAUUCUCCCGCUUUCCAUCACCCCGCCCCAUUCUCCCGCUUUCCAUCACCCCGCCCCAUUCUCCCUCUUUCCAUCACCCCGCCCCAUUCUCCCGCUUUCCAUCACCCCGCGCCAUUUUCCCUCUUUCCAUCACCCCGCCCCAUUCUCCCGCUUUCCAUCACCCCGCCCCAUUCUCUCGCUUUCCAUCAUCCCGCUCCAUUGUCCCGCUUUCCAUCACCCCGCCCAAUUCUCCCUCUUUCCAUCACCCCUCCCCAUUCUCCCUUUUUCCAUCACUCCGCCCCAUUCUCCCGCUUUCCAUCACCCCGCCCCAUUCUCCCUCUUUCCAUCACCCCGCCCCACUCUCCCGCCUUCCAUCAACCCGCCCAAUUCUCCCUCUUUCCAUCACCCCGCCCCAUUCUCCCUCUUUCCAUCACCCCGCCCCAUUCUCCCGCUUUCCAUCACCCCGCCCCAUUCUCCUUCUUUCCAUCACCCCGCCCCAUUCUCCCUCUUUCCAUCACCCCGCCCCAUUCUCCCACUUUCCAUCACGCCGUGCCAUUUUCCCUCUUUCCAUCACCCCGCCCCAUUCUCCCGCUUUCCAUCACUCCGCCCCAUUCUCUCGCUUUCCAUCAUCCCGCUCCAUUGUUCCGCUUUCCAUCACCCCGCCCAAUUCUCACUCUUUCCAUCACCCCUCCCCAUUCUCCCCUUUUCCAUCACCCCGCCCCAUUCUCACGCUUUCCAUCACCCCGCCCCAUUCUCCCUCUUUCCAUCACCCCGCCCCAUUCUCCCUCUUUCCAUCAACCCGCCCAAUUCUCCCGCUUUCCAUCACCCCGCGUGUUCUUUUUAUUUUGCACACGCUAGGCCCUUGUUCUUGCUAUUUGCAGACGCUAUGCCCUAG